AUGUCCCCGGGCUGCGGCGCCAAGAGCGAGUACAUGAAGCGCUACCGGGACCCGCGCUGGGCCGAGUACGCGGCCUGCUACCGGGAGCUGCUGCACUACCGCCGCGGCCGCCGGCUGCUGGAGCAGGCGCACGCGCCCUGGCUCUGGGACGCCUGGGGCCCCGCCGGCUCCUCCGACGACUCGGCGUCGUCGGCGUCGUCGUGCGCCGGGAGCCCCGCGCCCCGGGCCGCCUCUGCCUCCCCGCCGCCGCCGCCCGCGGAGGGCCCGGCCCGGGGGGCGCGCGGGUCCCGGGAGGAGCCGGCGGCGAAGCCCGGGGAUGCGGAGGCCGGGGAUGCGGAGGACACGCCUGUGCCAGAAGCACCGCCAGUCAAAGGCGUCAAGGAGAAGCCCGAGGAGGAGGCCGGGAUGGCGGGGACGGACCGGGCGCCCGGCUGCACCCGACCCCGCCAGCACCCCAGCGCCCUGUUCGCCCGCCGGGACAGGAAGGCGGCGCGAAGUCCUGCGAGGUCGCCGAGUAGAACGAGAGAGACCAAGCACCCCUUCGCUCUGUACGGGUGGGGGGAGCGGCGGACAGACACAGGCGGCCAGAGGACCCACAACGUCUGUGCCUCUGCACCCGUGCACGAGAUCCACGAGUCGGCGCUGCGGGCCAGGACCAGGCGGCAGGUGGAGAGGAGGCGGCUGGCAGCCCAGAGGCAGCGCGCGCACUCGGUGGACGCGGAGAAGGGCCGGAGGCCCGCGCCGGCCGCCCCGGACAGCCCGUGGGUCACGGAGUACAUGCGGUGCUACUCGGCCCGCGCCUGA